CCGUGGUCUGGGCUCUCCCCGGGCCGGGGGAGGGCCCGUGCGGGGGCGCAGCAGCCGCUAGCCCGGGCGGGUUGCGGGUCCUGACAUGUGCUCCGUUCUCUCAGGCUCCGGCUGAUCCGCGGGGACGCGGGAGAGCCGCGGAGGGGCUGGGGCUGGGGCUGCCGGCGCUGCCCCGGCGCUGUAAGGCCCAGCGCUUGCUAUCUCUGUGAAGCUACAAGCGGCAGAUGCUCGGAGGAGAUGCCUACGUAACACACAUUGCCAGCAAUUGUACUGAACACUUUGCUGCUGAACCAGUUGCUCAGGUACCCAGCCUGUCUCUGUUGCUAUGGGAGAUUGGAGGACCAUUACUGUGCCGCUGCUGUCAUCAGAUAGCAAAACUACAUUUACAUAUACCUCAGAAAGGAAAUCUCCUGCAAGCAUGAGCUCAGAAGUGCUACGCUUAUCACUGCCUUCAUCCAAAAACAUGCACAGCUUUUUCAGUGCCUUCUGCACAGAAGACAAUAUUGAACAGAGUAUAUCCUAUAUUGAUAGGGAAUUAACAACAUUGGGGUUUCCCUCUAUUUAUGCAGAGUCCAAAGGAAAAGAAUUAGAUUUAGUAUCUAUGGUAAAUCGUAUGAAUGAAUUGCUUGUACUGCAGCACAAGAACCUCCGAGCUCAGGAAGAAAUAGAAGUACAGCAUCGGAAACUGGGAAGUGAUAUGGAUCACUUGCAGAACUGCUAUUCUAAGUUAAAGGAACAGUUGGAAUUAUCUAAAAGGGAAAUAGUUGGGCUUCAGGAAAGAGACAGACAACUGCAAACCAAGAACAGAAAUUUGCACCAGUUACUUAAAAAUGAAAAGGAUGAAGUUCAGAAGUUACAGAACGUAAUUUCAAGUAGAGCUACACAAUACAAUCAUGAUAUGAAGAGGAAAGAGAGAGAAUAUAACAAAUUAAAGGAGCGUUUACAUCAGUUAGUCAUGAAUAAAAAAGACAAAAAGUUAGCUAUGGAAGUUCUAAAUUAUGUUGGUAGAGCUGAUGGGAAGAGAGGUGCAUGGAGGACUGAUAAGACAGAAGCCAGAAAUGAAGAAGAAAUGUACAAAGUUCUGUUAAGUGAUUAUGAACAACGCCAAAAACAGCUUUUACUGGAAAAUACUGAGCUAAAGAAAGUUCUUCAGCAAAUGAAGAAAGAUAUUAUUUCACUUCUUCCACCACAGAAACAAAAACCUAAAGAAAGAUCUGAAGAUGGGCUGGUUCUGUCAGACCAGGAGGAAGAUAUUGGAGAAUUAAAUAAAGAGAAUAUGUGGGAAUUAUCUUGUGAAACUGUGCGAGAACAGCUCACCAAUAGCAUUAGAAAGCAGUGGCGAAUGUUGAAAAAUCACGUGGAAAAGCUGGAUAACCAAGUGUCACGUGGACAUUCAGGAGCUUUAAAUGAAAAAGACGUCAUUUCAAGAGAAGACCAUGAGUUAGAAACUGGAAAGUUAGAGUUAGAAAUUCAGCAAUGUAAAGAAAUGAUCAGAACUCAGCAACAGCUCUUACAGCAACAGCUUACAUGUGAUGAUGACACCACUCUGUUACUACAAGACUGCUAUUUGUUGGAAGAAAGAGAGCGUCUCCAGGAAGAAUGGAGACUAUUUCGAGAGCAAAAAAAGAACUUUGAGAAGGAACGAAAAAGUUUUACAGAAGCUGCUAUUAGAUUAGGACUUGAGAGAAAGGCAUUUGAAGAAGACAGAGGAGCAUGGCUGAAGCACCAGUUCUUGAGUAUGACUGCUGAUUGCAAGUCUGAAAAUGUGACAACUCCAAGUGCCUUGUUAAAAAAUUCUGACACAGACCUUCGUUUAGUGAGAUCUGCAUCCCAGCAAAGACGACCUCCCUCUGCAUUGAGUUCUACCCUUUCACCAGAGCCUUGCCAGAUACCCCAGUGUAUUACACAAAACAGUGUUGCAUCAGAAAAACCUGCUGGAGAUGGCUUGCCAAAUCUGUGGGUGAGAAAUGAUGACAAAGAAGAAACUGAAGAAUGCCCAAAGUCGUGGGAAGACUCUGGACUUGGCACUCUAUGUAGAAACUUGCAGAUGGAACAGCUGCCUUAGACUUCUAGGGUUGCCUGCUGGGAUUUUUGUUAGAGACUUGUUCAUAAACUUAUCAUUCUAAAUGAAACAGAAUGCUGUGAGUUUGAUCAUUCUUCUGGAGGAUUAUGUGGUGAUCUGAAUUGUGGUGUGUUUCUAUGUGUGUGCACAUGGCUUUUAUUUUUUAGAUCAUUUUUUGCCUCUUUCUUGCAACUCUUGAAAGAAAAUUUAAGAAUAUAUAAAAGCUUUGAUAUUUUUCUAGUAACAGAAGCUCUAAUUCUGUGAAUAAAGCAAUGGUCUGAAACUUUGACUGUAAUGAAAUACUGGAUCAUAGUGUUACCUUUCAUCACAGGCAGAGAUAGCACUUUUAGAAAUUGUUUAAUUAUUGAAAACUCAUUUAUGUCUCAAGUAUAACUGGCAUUAAAUCCUUUUUUGCCUCGACUUGAAUGUACAGUAUACUGUAGAUUUUUAACAAAACAGGUUCUAUAUUUAUUGUGUGAUUUAAAAAUACCUCUUUGAUAUCUCAAUGAUUUAAAGUGCAAAUCUUUAUAUAUUUGUAAAUAGAACAAGUGGUUAUGCUGAGAAACCAUGAAAUGAAACACAUGCGUACAUAAAUAUUAUUUUACAUGGCAUUUUAAAUUGUUUUCUAGUGAUAUUCAGUUUACAGAUCCAUUAGGACUUUCAAUGGUUCAGUCAGGAACCAAAGUAUCUCAAAUGUGAACAAUAAACGUGUAAUUCUAUUCUAAAAAACCCUGGUUCUAUGAUUUGUGUGCAGUAAACUUUUAAGCUACCAUGCUUAUAGGGCUUAUACAAUGUAUACAAAUCUGGUGCUGAUUUUGUAUUUUGUUUGGUUUUUUGUUUUGACUCCAGAAUGUUAUUUUUUGUGUAGCCUUGGGGAAGUCUCUUUUAUAAUGUAAUAAAAAUAGCCAAGUUAGAGGUAAGAUGUUUCCAGGUCUCCUUCACCUUACUCAGUGUGUGAUUUUCCUUGCCCAGCACAGAUCCACUUUAUUGGGUUUUUUUCAAAAAAAAAAAAAAAAAAACUCUGCAUGUGUGAUCACUUGUAUAGCUCUGAUCCUUUGUAAUUGGCCUUUUGGAAGAUGUCUGAGCUUAAACUGCCUUUCUUGGGGACAGAGGUGGGAAAUUAACUCAAGUUUAGAAUCCUUCACUGAAGGAUAUUGCUGCUCUGCCCAUUUACUUCAGAGUUGGAUGGAGUGUAGUGAUUGGAUUAUCUGGAAAAAUUGCAGUAGGAUAAUACAGGGAGGAGAAGAAACUGAAGUAAAAAGCUGCAUUUUCUGCUGCAGUGAAUCCAGUCCAUUGAGUUCCAGCUUGAGAUGAAGUAAUAGCCAAUGUAAACUGCAGAGGAUGAUACUUGUGUGGUUUUCAUAUGGCACCUGGAAGGGAGCAGAAGUGGAUAUAAUGAUAAUACCAAUACU